AUGAGCAACUAUGGGCAGAUACUUCAGGAGAUUGGAGAGUUUGGUUUCUUUCAAAAACAAUUACUCGCUGUGUUAUGCAUCCCAACCAUUUUCACAGCUUUUGAUGUUAUUGGUCAGUUAUUUCUGGGAAUUAGCUUCCCACAUCACUGUAACACUGACUGGAUCUUGGAGAGAGGGCCCAACCUGACAGAAGAGAAACAAAGAAAUCUCACUCUUCCUGUGAAUGAGGAUGGACAGUUUGAAGGCUGUCAAAUGUUCACACCUGUGGACUGGGAUUUGGAGACCAUUGAGGCAUAUGGGAUUAACACAACAACAGGAUGUGUAGCUGGAUGGGACUAUGAUGCACCUGCAGGUGCUUCUACCAUUGUGACUGAGUUUGAUGUGGUGUGUGACAGAAGUGGUUUGAUUGAGGUCUCUCAGUCCAUCUCCAUGGCUGGCAUUUUGUUUGGAGCGCUGACAUUUGGGGCAAUUUCAGACCAGUUUGGUCGACGCAUCGCAAUCCUGCUCUCACUCUUUCUCCUUUCAUGUUUUGGGAUAGGGGUUGCCUUCUCACCCAACAUGUAUGUUUACAUGGUCUUAAAAUUUUUCACUGCAGCUACAGGAGGUGUUAUAACAAUGAACACAUCUGUGUUGGCAUUGGAAUGGACUGAUCGCUCCAGGGCUGCACUUUGCACCGAGUCCAUCAUCAUAUUCUUCGCUGUUGGACUUAUGAUGUUGUCUGGCAUCGCAUUUUUGAUUCAUGACUGGAGAAUCUUGCAACUGGUGCUCUUCAGCCCUCUUCUGCUUGUUGUGGGAUUCUUAUUCUGGUUUCUUCCAGAGUCGGCUCGCUGGCUCAUGGCACAGGGCAGGAAGGAAGAAGCAUGGAUGGAGCUUGAGAGAGCAGCCAGGGUGAAUGGGAGGAAGGUACCGGAUGACCUGAUGGACAAGCUCACAGUUGAGGGUAAAUUUAAAAGACAAAACAUGCUUGACAUCCUUCGUAUACCAUACCUGAGAAAACGCACCAUCAUUAUGGCAUAUAACUGGUUUGCAGUAAGUCUUCUUUAUUAUGGACUGAGCCUGAAUGUUGUUGGUUUUGGCCUGAAUAUCUACCUCACACAGUUCAUCUUUGGUUUUGUGGAAAUCCCUGCAAACCUGAGCGCUUUGGGGUUAAUGCAGCACUUUGGAAGACGGACAUGUGAAGUGGGUUAUCUGAUUGUUGGAGGUGCUGCUUGCCUUGUGAGCCUUGCCAUCCCAAAUGGUCUUCCUGUGGUAACAACAGUCAUAGCUGUACUGGGGAAAGUCGCUGCCACAGCUGCAUUCAGCACAGUCUACGUUUACACACCAGAGCUAUACCCAACUGUUUUAAGGCAGAACGGUGUAGCUCUGAACUCCAUGUGUGCUCGUGUAGGGGGGAUUCUCUCUCCACUCAUCAGACUGCUGCAGGUCUACCAUUACGCCAUCCCCAUGUCGAUAUAUGGCAUCGUUCCCAUCACUGCUGGGUGUUUGUGUUUGCUGCUACCUGAAACUCUCAAUGUGGAACUUCAGGAUCAUGCAGAGACAGAGUGA